AUGCCAUCCUUCAACCAGAGCAUUUUCCACCCUGCAGUCUUCUUCCUUACUGGCAUCCCUGGCCUUGAAACCCCUCAGAUCUGGACCUCCAUCCCAUUCUGUUGUCUCUAUGUCAUUGCUAUCUCUGGGAAUGGCAUGAUCCUGUUUGUCAUCAUCACUGAGUCGAGCCUCCAUGAACCCAUGUAUUAUUUUCUCUCCAUGCUAUCCUUCAUGGACUUAGGUCUGUGUCUUUCUACAUUGACCACCAUGCUGGGUAUUUUCUGGUUCAAUACUCGAGAAAUCGGUUUUGAUGCCUGCAUUGGUCAAAUGUUCUUUAUCCACGGCUUCACAUUCAUGCAGUCCUCAGUACUUUUGGCAAUGGCCUUUGACCGCUUCAUAAACAUCUGUAACCCACUGAGAUAUGCCACAAUCUUAACCAAUUCACGGAUUAUUAAAGUGGUCUUUGCAAUUGUUCUUAGGGGGACAACAGCUCUAGUGCCUCUACUCCUGCUCCUUAAGCGCCUCUCCUUCUGCCAUAGUCAUGUGCUCCACCAUUCCUACUGCUUCCAUCCUGAUGUGAUGAAGCUCUCAUGCACAGACACAUGGAUCAACAGUGCAUUUGGCCUGGCCACUGUUAUCUCUACUGCUGGCUUAGACUCAGUCUUGAUCCUCCUGUCCUAUGUUCUGAUCAUCCACUCUGUGCUCUGCACUGCCUCCCCAGAGGAGCGGAAAAAGGCUUUUGGUACCUGUGUCUCUCACAUCAGUGCAGUUGCCAUCUUCUACAUCCCCAUGAUUGGUUUGUCACUAGUGCACAGAUUCGGAAAGCAUGCCCCUCCCCUUGUGCACAUGCUCAUUGCCAACUUUUAUCUGCUUAUCCCUCCUGUAAUGAAUCCCAUAAUCUACAGUGUAAAGACCAAGCAAAUUCGCAAGGCUGUGCUCAAAGUAUUUCUUUCUAAGCUCAUUUAG